AUGUUGAAAGCAAUGGCAGCAUCUUCAAACACUUUUAAGUGCUUAGAAACUGGCAGCAUAAUUAUUUUAAGUCUUCUGAUUCUUUCACACCUGGUGUUUGUUCUUGGAGCAUCUGAGACUGAGUCAGAAGCUGACCCUCACAGGCACAAGCGAGCUGUUGAGGUCAGAGUGGUGUCAGCUCCAAAUGUGAUUCCAGAAAAUGUCUCUUCUGAUGUUACACUUUUUAAUUUGACGAGCGCUGUUCCAAACAGAAAUUACGUCGUCACAAACAAUUCUGCAGGAGUCCCUGCAUUGUUUCAGGUGACAAAUGGUAGACUUACCUUGCGAUCAGGUCUACCAGUUGAACAGAGGAAAUUGUUUGACUAUGAGAAAUUCAAGACCUUUGAAGUGACAGGAAAUGCCACAAAUCAGACAGACCCCACAGAUGUCGUCAUACUAACCAUCAGGAUGACACUGUCGGAUAUUAAUGAUGAACCCCCAGUUUUUGUCAACAAACCAAAACCACUCUAUGCCACAGUAGCUACUGAUGCUCCUCCAGGAACUGUAAUAUUUACUGUAACAGUUGCAGAUGCUGAUUCCAAUCCUAAUUUGGUUUUUGGAAUAGACCAAGCUACAUCCGGUGAUCGAGUGGUCACCGAAAGGUUCCAGUCCAAACAGCUUGAUGGCGGUACUGAAGCUCAAAAAGUGUACAACAUAAUCACGGCGGGCUCAGGCCCUUUUACCUCAGGAGCUGACUACACAAUAAAGAUUACUGCACAGGACAGAAAUACUGUCGUAGGUGCACUACUAGUAACUGACAAUAUUAUUGUGCGAGUUGGCAAUCGACCACCACAGUUUUUUGAACAGUCAUACAAAGGUCGAAUAUAUGAAAGUACACAAGCAACAUCAACCAACUGGGUUUUGGAGAUGGAUUCUAGCAACAAACUUGGGAUUAGAGUCUUGCAGUUUCAACCUGGCAAUACACUUAGUUACCAGCUACUUGAACAAGGCAACAGACCAUCACAGUAUUUUGACAUUCGGGCUGAAGAUAAUGUUCAGAGAAUUGUAAAUAGAAUGCCUAUUGACUAUGAAGUUACUAAAUUUUUUGCUUUGACCAUCAAAGUAACAGAGGGCAGCACUGGGCUCACAUCCACUGUACCGAUAACUAUAGAUAUAAUAGAUGAAAACGACCACUAUCCCACAUUUUUUGCCCCACAAUACACUGCGACAAUCAGAGAGGAUAUGGCUGUUGGCAUGUCUGUUCUCGAAGCGACAGCAUCUGAUCUUGACAGUGGAUUAUAUGGUGAGAUUAUCUUCUCAAUUUCAAACAGUACAUCUUUUGAUGUGACAACACGAAGCAUGAACAGCACCUUCCUUGGAACUGUUAGAGUGAAAAGCCCGCUGGAUUUUGAUUCUGACCCAAAGCCCAGACAGUUUAAUGUGAUAGCAAGUGAUAAGGGAACACCGGCUUUAUCAACUCCUGUGCAGGUGACAGUUUUCCUUCAGAAUGUUAAUGACAACCCACCUACUAUUGUCAACACAACCACAACAUUUUACUUGAAUGAAACAACUCCAGUUGGCUCAAUUGUUGCCAUCAUUCAUGCUUCAGACAUUGAUGGUGAUUCUGUCAAAUUGUACUUUCAAGGAAAAGUUGCAUGGUCAGAAAUAUUUACGAUCAGGGAAUCCAGUGGGCAGAUAGUGUUGAAUUCAAGCAUCCCAAGAAAUAAAGACUCCUAUUUAUUGAAAGUCAUUGCAGUCGAUGAAGAUAACUGUUGUGGCAGCAUCAAGACAGGCGCUAAGACAGCAACUGCAACUUUUACAGUCAACAUUGUUGGAGUCAACAUCAAUAAACCUAACUUUAACGAAUGCUUAUCCUAUGACACAACUGCUAGUGUUAAGGAAAAUGCUCCUAUUGGAACACCUGUCAUUCAGGUGCGUGCCACAGACCCAGACAGAGGAGAGAAUGGAGUAGUUAUCUAUCGUAUUGAAACACCAGAAGCAAAUUCAGAUAGAGAUGUCUUCCAGAUUAACAGCACCACUGGUAACAUAACUGUCAAGGGGACCAUAUCACGGGAGACAUAUGACUUCAUACAGUUAACCAUUGUUGGUCGUAAUCCGCCAUCAAAUCCUCUAAUGGAAGGCAUAUGUACAUUUCGAGUCUCUAUUAUAGACAUCAACAAUAAUCCACCAACGUUUUCACAAGCACUGUAUACCAUUCCCCUCAGCUUCUCUACUCUUCCCCCAUAUAUUGUCACUAGAAUGGUGGCAACAGAUAAGGAUGUUGGAGCCAAUGCUAAUAUCACAUACUCAUUUGGCAUGAAUGAUACACUAGCUCUGUCUGUCUUUUCUAUAGACCCCCAGACUGGAGUCAUUAAACUUGUACAGCCCUUGAAUCAGAGCAUAACUUUCUACAUUCUGAUUGUGGUUGCUAAUGACAACGGAAAGGACCCAUACCCUUUGACUGGAAAUACAACUGUAAAUGUGACAAUCAGUUUUGAUAGAAGGCGGCCGCCAGUGUGGCUCAAUGAUGAACCAGAUGAGGCUUCUUACAAUGUAACUGAAAAUACACCAAAGGGUUACGUGAUCGCAACCUUGGCUUGUCAGACAAAUUCGAGUGAUACUGACUCGAAAAAUUUUGACCUCAUUAGAUUUACUGACAGUGGGGUGUCAAAGAUGAACUUGUCAUUAAGGAACCCUCUGGAUUAUGAAACACAGACGUCAUACACACUGUCAAUUGUGUGCCAGACUUUGAAUGCUGAGGCUUUACGUGCAAAAUUGCUGACUCGGAUUAUAAAUGUUGUUGAUGCCAAUGAUGAGCCGCCAGAGUUUGUAGGGCUUGAUGCUAAUGGUCGUUAUCGAGGAACAGUGUCGGAAAAUGCACAGGGCGGAGAAACUGUUAUGUCAAUCACAGCCGGGGAUAAGGACACUACUGUAGCAUAUAAAACGGUAACCUUUUUCCUGGAAGACAAGUUCAAAGAUUUGUUUCAGAUAAAUGAUCUUGGCAAUAACAGGGCAGAGAUAGUAACUACAAAUGGUUUAAAGCUUGAUCGAGAGAAUGUAUCUCAGUAUACACUGGAGAUAGUGGCGCAGGAUGGAGCUCCUGCAUCACCCCCUAAUGCACUUAACCCUAAUCUACCAAACACUGCCUCCAGAUACAUGAUUGUUACUGUGGCUGAUGUGAAUGACAACCCCCCUGUAUUUCCUGAGCCGCUGUACACAUUUAAUGUCUCCGAGAAUGCUCCUGUCAUGUCUCUGGUGGGUUAUGUCACAGCCAUAGAUCCGGACGAGAUUGACCAGGGAUUAGAUUAUCGAUUCGUCACCAAUGGAAAUACACCGAAUGCUUUCAAUAUUUUCUCUAUCACUGGUGAAAUUAGAGUGGCAAAAAAAUUAGACUAUGAAAAUCAACAGGAACCAAAGAAAUACAUCCUGACCCUGAUAGCUGUAGAUUCAUACCAGCUUCACACUGCAACCACAACUGUGCAGAUUUACAUAUUAGAUGAAAAUGACAAUCGCCCAAUAUUCAUCCGAAACCCAUACAGAGUGGAAAAUGCUGUUACAGAGGAAGAUAAAAGCAUUACCAGACAGAAUCCACUUUUCUUGGUUCAGGUUGCGGCAACAGAUGCAGAUGUCGACCGCCCACAGACUAUGCGCUAUUCUCUGUAUGGUUCAUCACAGUCUAAUGUUAACCAAUUAUUCAUGGUUGAUGCAGAAUCUGGAAAUGUCUCGUUAAUAGGUUCCUUAGACAGAGAUAUCCCGCCUUAUUUCUACACAGUCACAAUAGAGGCUAAAGAUGAAAUUGAGAACCCACUGAAUAAUUUUGCCGAUGUUUUGGUCUAUCCUCUCAUGACUGUUGUUGCCAUUGAUAGAGAUUUUGGUGAUAAUGGGACUGUGAAUUUCAAAGUAGCUCCAGAUCAGCCAGAACCUACCCUUGCCACUAUGUUUCAAGUUAGUCAGAAAGGUGACAUCUAUACUACAGGCAAUGUAACACUUCUUGAUCGUGAGACUUUAGAUGUGUCGGUGUCGGAGUAUCAAAGCGUCCGCAGAAUAUUAACUAUUCCUGCCAAAGACUUGGACAUUGAUCCAAUUAAUCGAGAAAUGACGUUUAACCUCGAAGGAAAUACAAGCAGUACUAAGUUUUUUACAGUGACUACCCUUGGAACUGAUGCGGCUAUCUAUGUGAAUCAGGCUAUAGACUAUGAGAAGGAUCCACACGUGUUCACCUUCACACUUCGUGUCAAGGGGAAAGAACCAGGGCAAGAAAACACCACACAAAUACAAGUUACCAUACUAGACUUCAAUGACAACGCUCCAGUGUUCAACACUUCACCACCUGGGAGAGCUAUUGCCAAUUUUACUGCCACUGAUGCUGAUGAAGGAGCUAAUGCUGAGAUUGAGUAUUCCAUAGACAGAGCAACAGAUCCAAGAUAUGAGUACUACAUCAAUGCCACUACUGGUGUAGUGACAACUCGCAAGAGGCUUGAUCGAGAAGUUCAGGAGUUAAUUAUUUUGAGGAUUUUGGCCAUAGAUAAAGGUGAAAUUCCAUUGACUGGCACUGCAACACUGUCAGUAACACUCACUGAUAUAAAUGACAAUGCCCCAAGUUUCCGAGAGAAGUACCGGCCUGUGGUGAUAUCUGCAACUGAUCCAGACACUAGAGAGCAUGGACCUCCCUUUGGAUUUCUUGUGCCAGCUGGUUGCAAUGUGCCAGCUUGUAAUUUCUUCACCCUAACAGUUAAUGAUGAGGGUGAUGGUGGAAAUCGUACAGCAACUAUAACAACCAGUACUAGAUUUGACCGUGAAGCCAUGAAGUAUUACUACCUGCCAAUUGUUAUGUAUGACAUGGAUGGAAAGCCAGGAUCAAUGACAGCCACCAACACCUUUACAAUUAUAAUAGGAGAUGAGAAUGACAACACUCUUGAACCAGGACAUCAGAAUAUUUACAUUUAUAAUUACGAAGGACAAUUUAAGAACACAGAAAUUGGCCGUGUAUAUGUAGACGAUAAGGAUGACUGGGACCUCCCCGAUAAGACAUUCACAUAUGUCUCACCAGAUAAUCUGAAGGAUUACUUUAGUGUGAAUGAGCAAACUGGCAUGAUUACUAUGAAGCCUGAUGUUCCUCCGAAUACUGCCAACAACCCAUACCAGUUCAGGGUGAAUGUCUUUGACAAGAAGUUUGAGAAGACUGUCACCAGCACAGUCUCUGUUAUUAUCCAGCUCAUUACGGAUGAAUCAGUCAGAAAGUCUGGAGGAGUUAGACUUGAAG